AAAAAGGGCUGAAGAUUGUUUCAUUAAAAGAUAUUCCAUAUAUUUCCUUAGUAUUGGUCUGCAAUGGUAACUAGAUUUGCAGCCUAUCUUGCAUGUUUUUGAAUUGCCUAUGGUAUACACAGUGGAGUACUGUUUUAGAGAAUUUAAAAAAGUUCACAGAAAAGGACAAAAUAAUUGUUAUGGGUGUAAACUUUUUAAUACAAGAUACUUAGUCUAAGAUGAGUCACAUUCAGUUUUAAGGCCCCUCUUCUCCAAUACAACUCAGUCAACAAAACCUAAGGCUGAGAAACAUUGGAGCAGUAAAGCCUUUGGCACGUUCAAUACAGUUAAGAAAUAAGAGGUGGGUUGUGUGAAGGGUAGAUAGCACUAUCAGGCAGAUAAAUCUUAUCCAGUGGAUAAAAUAAUAUAUUGGAUAACAUCAUCGACUUAUCCACUGGAUAAAGAUAUAUCCAUUGGAUCAUAAACAAUUGAAUAAGGUUGAACCAUUGUGACCUUGAAUGAACUUGACAUGAAAGAUGUAUUUGCAGAUAAACCUACACAUAAUACAUUUAUCACGUUGAAUUCACACAAUAUUAUGGAUUGGCUGAUGGCUCUCAGCCAAUGAGAAGCAAGAUAGUGAUUAAAAUGCAUAAUAAUAGUUAAUAGAGGGUCGGAUAGCACUAUCCACCCUUAGUAUAACUGGGCCCAUUGGCAACAUUGUUUUUCUACAGCAAAAAAUGCUGUUGAAAGUUCAAACGUUUGAACAGGCAGACAAGGCCUGUGCAUGUGGUCUUGCAAAAUUAGUCUCUUUUCUGAUUUAGUGGUCGACAUUCAGCAUAAGUUUCCACCUUGAUCCAUCAAGAAUACACCAAAAACGUGGAAAAAUUUAGAGGCCUACCUGAUGAUAAACUAGGACGCAUUUUAUAGCUCUGGGGCAUAACUAAGGUUCUUGAAUUUAAUGUCGUCUAUAUUCCAUAACUGAGGAUAACAUGAUGUCAGAUCGCGUGUGGUCGCUAACAUCUUCAGCAGUGUUCUCGACCGUUUUCUCUAUCCUUCUACUGACUGGCAUUGUUGGCAAUAUACUUGUUGUCAUAGUAACAACUAGACGCAAUACACGUCUGUUACCUGGGGGCGUGUUCAUACGAAGUUUGGCGAUUUCAGACGCAGGUGGAUCGGCUAACAUCAUCUUUAUGCUAAUCACCAUCAUCUGUAGAGGGGGCUGGGUGUUUGGUCACGUGGGAUGUCAACUAAGUGGCACGUUUAUUGUCCUUUUUGGCUCGUCAUCUUUACAUCUGUUGUGUAUCAUCAGUAUUAACCGGUAUCUAAAAAUUGCCAAGACCAGUUUGUACAGACGUGUAUUUAAUAAAACUGGAACGAUAAUAUUACUAAUAAUCCCGUGGGUACUCCCCCUGGUGAUGUCAGUUGUGCCCGUGUUUGGUUGGUCAGCACACGAAUACCAGUUUAGCAAAUGUAUUUGUCAUUUCUACUUCAGUACGAGUCUUUCUUACACGAUAACCUUUCUCAUCGCUGUUGUAGCCACUCCUCUAAGCAUCAGUGCCAUUUACUAUGUCAAUAUGUAUUUCCUUAUCAGAAGUCACACAAGCUCCAUGAAAAACUUACAGCGAAAAAGUCCUGCUGCUAACAUCGAGGAAAUUCGAAGUGCGCGAACAAUCUUUGUCUUAAUUGUUGCAUUUAUAUUGUGUUAUACUCCGGCUAGUAUAAUCAAUAUAUUACAAAUGGCAGGCUAUGACGUGCCACCAUACCUAGACCUUAUUUCCAGCAUGACUUUAAUCGUAUCAAAACAUGCCCAGAAUCCCUUGUUGUAUGGUAUACUUAACAGACGCUAUCGGAAAGAGCUAAUCAAGAUUGCGAGAUUAGUUGUUCGUUCCUGUUGUUGUAGAAAAUGGUGUCCAGCUGUUGAGAACGAGGAGGAAAGCCAGUCCAAACGAAGAAGUAACACUGCUGGAAAUAGCGUUAAAAGACAGAGACCUUCCUCAGUAAACUCCCUUCAUGGGUGCCCGAGGAUCGUUAGACGUGAUAAUUCACCUCGUUUAGCACUAGCAAUCAAUCCGCGCCACAGCUGUGGAACACAUCCACGAUUAGUAGUAGAGUUUAGAGCUUCUUGAUGGAUCAUAAAGAAAUUAAGUCGCCCCAUGCAAGGGAAUCCGAACCUAUGGUGAAUUCCGGAUCCCAAGCGCUGGAUUCCGGAUUCCGAGACUCUGGAUUUCUAUUCCAAGGGUUUGUAUUCCGGAUUCCAAAACUUUUGGUGCGGAUUCUGGAUUCAAAAGGGUGGAUUCCGGAUUACAUCAUAAACUGGAUUCCGGAUUCCAGGGCCUGGAUUCCGGAUUUCAGAGUACUGGAUUCCGGAUUCCAAAGCCUAAACUUUCGUGGAUUCCGGAUUCCCUUAAGUUUUGAAUAUUUCCGCACACUCAACCUCAUUAGGUGAUCGAAACUAAAGGACAGAAAGUAGAUAACUCCUAAUAUAAGAGUUUCUUACCUGCGAAUUUUGCUGGUGGGAUUUUAUUUUUAGUGGAAAAAUAGCGAUAAACGCAGCCA